AUGACGUUGAUACGUUGUUUAUUAUCAUGUCUGGUGGGUUUGCAUGCUGUGCAAUGGCCAAAACCGAUUGCUUCUCCAUCUCAAGCACAAGCUAUAACUGAUUUGAUUUCACGAGCACUCGAUGGAAGCUCAGCUGCGAAACAUUUUGAAGUUGUACUGAACGCAGAUCUAGCGAUGAAUGGCAAAGACGUUUUUGAACUUUCCGAUGGAUCAACAGCAGGUUCAGUACGAAUAUCGGCAUCGACAGGUGUAGCAGCAGCUUGGGGUUUUAACUAUUAUUUGAAAUAUGUUGCAAAUAGUUCAGUUUAUUGGUCAGGAAAGAAUAUUCGACUGGUUAGUUCAACUUUGAUUCCAGUGCAUAGGACGAUUCGUAUUGCUGCCAAUGAUUUGUAUCGUUGGUAUGGAAAUCCGUGUACAUUUAGUUAUUCGGCUGUAUUUUGGAAUUUCACCAGAUGGGAAAAAGAAAUUGACUGGAUGGCCAUGAAUGGAAUCAAUAUAGUUUAUGCAACAACUGGAAUGGAAUACAUCUAUAAUCAAGUUUUUUUGCGAAUGGGUUUUCCACAAAGUGAACUCGAUAAUUAUUUCACUGGCCCCGCUUUUCUAGCUUGGUUUCGUAUGGGCAAUCUUCAAAAACAUGCUGGCCCUUUAUCUUCUCGUUGGCAUCAAUCACAAUUUCAACUUGCUAAACAAAUCAUUCAACGAAUGACCGAUAUUGGUAUUAUUCCAGUUUUACCAGCAUUUACUGGUUUUAUGCCACAAACUGCUCCCGCACGUUUCCCGCAUGCGAAAUUUUACAAAUCAUCAGACUGGGUUGGCUUUGGUUGCAAUGAAUCAUGUUUACCCUAUUUGGAUCCUACUGAUCCAUUCUUUCAAACAGUUGGAGUCGCACUAUUGAACGAAACAAUCACCUCGCUUAAUUUGACAUCUCAUUACUAUGCUUGUGAUUUGUUCAAUGAAAUGACCCCACCGAAUAGUGAUCUUCAAUAUUUGGCCGAUGUGAAUGCCGGGAUCUAUCAAGCCAUGCAAACAGUGGAUCCCAAUGCUGUUUGGGUAAUGCAAGCUUGGUUGUUUCUAUCUGGCUUUUGGACACCUGUUCGAGCAAAAAGUUAUCUCAGCAAAGUUCCUAUUGGUCGUCUAAUUCUGUUAGAUUUAUUCUCAGAGGCUAUUCCUCAGUAUACGCGUUUUGAAUCUUUCUAUGGUCAUUAUUAUAUUUGGAAUAUGUUACACGAUUUCGGUGGCAAUAGUUUUCUCUUCGGCUCAUUGGUCAAUGUUACGAAAGGACCACAAUUUGCACGUCAAUUUUCAGGCGAUCAUAUGAUCGGCGUUGGUAUUACUAUGGAAGGUAUCAAUCAAAACGAAAUUAUGUAUGAAUUUGCACUUGAACAAUCAUGGCGAAGUGCAAUGAGUGAUGGAGAACUAGUUGAUUGGCUUGCUGAUUUUGCUGCACAUCGAUAUGGAAGCGACCGCCCGGUACCUGAUACCGCAAUAUAUGCAUGGCAAAUCUUGGGAACUUCAGUCUACCUCAAUAAUCCAGAUGGUGAUCGAUCAGUUAUGUUGAGUAGACCUGAACUUUACGACGAGCAAGAUAUCAAUUUUGACUUGACGGCUUUAUUUUCUGCAUGGGAGUUGUUGAUUAUUGCAUCAAAUGAUCUUCAGUCCGAUUUGUUUCGAUACGAUCUAGUUGAUAUUACGAAAGAAGUUCUUCAAUAUCACUUUUAUAGUGCCUACACUCAAUUAAUGUCUGUAUAUAAUCAAAGUGAUCUUUACGGAGUUAGUACGCAAGCGGCAAUCCUUGUUGAUAUUCUGGGUGAUACAGAAUCAAUUUUAGCAUCAGAUCGUCGAUUUUUAUUAGGAAACUGGAUCCGAGAUGCAUUACAAUUUGCUCAAGGUGAAGAAGAUAUCCAUUUCUAUAAUUUCAAUGCUAAACUUCAGGUUUCCAUUUGGGGCAACAAUUAUACAUUACCAUUGUAUGAUUAUGCAAAUAAAUUUUGGUCGGGAAUGAUCCAAGAGUAUUAUGCUAAACGUUGGUAUGUGUUCUUCGAUAUUGUAUUGAAAAGUCUUGUUGACGGUGUACCAAUUGAUAAAAAAGUUUUAAAUGAACGUCUCUUUCUCGAAGCUGAGUUGCCGUUUUUCAUGUUAGAAACAAAAACUUAUCCGACAACUGAACAAGGCGACUCAAUCCUUAUUGCUCGACAACUCUUCAACAAAUAUCAUUUAUCCCUGAAUGAUAUUCAUUCACCUAAGAAAUCAUCGGCAAAGAAGGGAUAUUCUUUGAAACAUCGUGUCCAUUGA